UUUUCAGGGAAAGAGGAAUCCUGAAACAGACUGUGAUUCAGUACUCGCAUUCUUGGAUCAAGUGAGUAAAGCAAGAGAAAUGGCGAUGGACAGGUGAGUAUGAAUUCAUACUCGGUUUUAACAUCUCAAACAAUUCUUGAAAAUUCACAUGGUCUGUUUUCCAGUUGACACACAAUGCUGCGGAUGAAAACUCAACAAGAGCACGAAUGUGAGCCCAUCGUACCUCUUGAGUUGCCCCACUCGUUGCACGUGAUCCAGCGCGUGCUCCCAGUAGACGACCUCAAUCUAGGAAGCCUCUUCAUUCAUCAGAAGACUCGCCAUAAACUGCAGCAGCACCUCAUCAUAGUGUUUGUUUCAGGAAGGCGGCGACACAUUCCAAGGAGGGUUUUGGAACUAUUUCAGCAUGCGUUAGUGCUUUCAUUUGUUUUAGUUUGCUUCCAUAACACCAUUUCAUCUGUCUCUGUAGGAAUGGAUGCACAAGUCUCUUAUGCGUUUCACUCGGAGCGCAAACUCAACCCAGACAAGUUCAAGAACCAGCUGGUACAUCAGAGCACAUAUGCAAAGCUCGGGUGCACACAAGGGUGGUUUUGUGCCCCUCUUAUUCACCCAUCUUCGAGGUUUGUUUCAUCCCGUGUUUCACUCCAUCCUACUCGGGAGCUUGUACCGCGUCAUGGUUUGCUAAUCCUGGCACCUCUUGGUCAGAUUUGAAGAGCUAAGAUCAUGAGAAAGUACGGCGAGUGGGUAGACCCCCCGAUUCCUACAAGGUAAUGACUGAACUCGCCCGUUCUUGCAUGUUGUUUUUCCAUUAAGACACCAAGUGC